AUGGGCAACUCGCAGGCAAAGCUCGCAAACACAUCGGUCACCAACGACGCUGCUGUGCCAGUGUGCACAUCACCCGUCCGUCGCUGGGAUGGCAGUACCUACAACAAGGACACUGUGACAAGCUACAAUAGCAGCGUUACGCCCGCUCCGACUACUUGGACGCCGACUUCGGCUCACGGACGCUCUGUGUCGGUCGCCCCCGAAUCCACACACAGCCUCGUCACAGCAGAGCAGCGCUCGGCGCCCGUGGCGCAUCAUCAUCAGCGCGCGGCCAGCGAAAGUGGUUCAAUAAUCGCAGCUCCUGUCAAGCCCGACCCACCACCUCGGCGUGCCCUCGGCCUCGUUCGCAAAAUCUCAUUCCGCUCGCGCGGCGAACGUGCAACUCCCACCGCACGCAUCCCGCCACCCGCGCGGGCGUCAUCUGCCGACGAUGCCGAACUCCUCAUCACAAGGGACGAUGAGCCCGUCGCCGCACCUCCUGCCAAACUCACAAUCUCGACGAGCCAUAGCUCAGCCCUCACCAGAGCCGCCUCCCUGGGCCAGAAACCCCAACCAGCUCGCCCCAUGCGCUCGGCGCGCCGUUCGGCUCAGACUGCAUUUGGUACAGAGGAGAGCCCCGCCGCGUCCCCUGCAAAGGCAACUGCGAGGGGGGAACAAGGGCCCGUGACCCCGACACAUCCUGUCAACCGCGCACUCGUUCCACGCUCGCCAAAAAUCGGUCCAGUUUCACCUCGUCGGUCUUCUCCGGGCGGCAGUCCCCAUCGUCAAUCAAUGACCACUGCGCGCCGUGCCGAGCGUGAAUGGAAGGCCAAGAUUGCUGCUCUUACGGCUGGGCCACCUAGUCCUGGGCGUACGCGUCCCUCAAACGGGCCUCGGCCACCACCACGACGUGUCUUGCGUCCAUCUGCGCCACCAAGCUUUGGAGGCACUGACGUCUCUGGUGGAAUUGCCCAGUCACUUUCCCUGUCCCACCUCUCGCUCGACAACAUUGACUCGCGCAUGUCCUCUGCAUCCUGCCCGCCUUCCCACACACUCGACAGCAUCCGUGAGCUGCCCGCCAUUGAUCACCCGGGCUCGGCCUUCAAUGCCCCUUCGACCGUCUUCACUGGCGUGUCGGGAAUGACAAAGUCGGCCUCGACAACAUCGAUCUCGCGCCCGAGCAAACGUAGCCCAGGCUCGUCCAUCGUCGCGCUGCCAGGAGUACCCGAGUACGAGCGUACGCCACUUUCGCCCAUCGAGCAGGAGCCUGUCUCACCUUCCUCUCCACCAGUGACGGGCAUUGCGCGCGCUGUCCGCCCAGUUCCUGCACUGCACCAGAUGCAAGCGCUCCAUUCCCCGGCACCGUCGAUUGCGAAGAGCCUGGCCCCAAGUACAAAGACUUUUGGACCUGGGCCCUCGCCGAGCACAAUGCCGCGCCCCCUCGACUGGAUGCCCGAUGAGCGAGUCGUAGUGUCGCGCUCAUCAGUUCCCGACCUCGCACGGGUCUCGUCACCGCCGCCCGUCCCAAGCCUGCCGCCCGGCCUGCGCCUGGCGGAAAUGGCCACACCGGCGCCCGUGCCAUCCUGCACGCCGCCACCCACGCAACCCAUCGUCCCUCCGCGCCGCUCUGAGAGCCGGCGCAUCGAGAGCAAGCCCGUGGACCCGGUCGUCAUCGCCGCGACGCCGAGCCACCGCUUCGCGCGCCUCGGCCGACGCGACACGGACUCGCCGGAGCCCUCCGUCCUCCCGCGCACCACGAGUCUGCAGCACGCGCGCGACAUGGAAUCUCCACGCGCCACGAGCGAGGCCGACGACGUGCCCUCCGACACCCCCGUCCGCAAGCUGCACUCGACGUACGACCUCACGCCGGGCCUCGAGUCGGGCCACCGCCCCCGCAAGACCGGGCUGCCCAUGGACGAUCUGCAGCGCUGGCUCGCGCAGACCGCCAUGAACUAG